GCGUUGGCUAUCGAUGCGAGGUCGUGUUCCGAGCCGCGUGAAACCCGUUCCGUGCAGGUCUCGCGCAUUUCGAGGAAUACACCGCCGGAUUCGAGCACGCCUCCCGCAACGCGAGUAAAUAUAGGCAUCGCAUAUCGCGGCGCGUGUGAAUUAUUUCAGUGUACAACCAGUUCGUAUGUAUACAGUGCGAUGAUUUUAAUCCUAACCCGCGUUGUGUUUUAGAAGUAACUCAACGUUCGAGGAUAUUUUUUUUUUUCGUUUGUAAAAAUGGACGAUAUAAAUUUCGCGGCGCAAUGUUUACUGGAGAUGUCGCACAGCAAGGACCACCUGAACCCCCGUCCGCUGGACCUCUCUAGGAACGUCCUGCGGGAGGCGGCGUUCGCGAAUCCGACGCCCGCCGUCGUCGUCGAGCCGAUGCCGUUCGCCAAGGGGGAGCCCGUCACGGCGGAGUCCUCCUCGUACAUGGUGGCCCGGAUACUCACCGACCUGACCAGGAUCGAGCAGGAGCCGGUGCCGGAGGUGCCGUCCGACGGCGAGGGCCACCUCACCAUCGACGAGGACGCGCCGGGCGACAAGGCGCCGCCGGCCGUCGCCGCGAGCGGGCACGUCGCCGCCGCCGCCGCCAAGGGGGCGAAGGGCGAGGGGGCGGCGCCGCCUAAGGCUCGCGUGCCCGCCUGUUCGAGGACGGGGGCGCAGAUCAGGAAGACGCACAAGUGCUCCUACGACGGCUGUCACAAGGUUUACGGGAAAAGCUCGCAUCUCAAAGCUCACCUCAGGACGCAUACAGGUGAAAGGCCGUUCCCCUGCAGCUGGGAGGGCUGCGGCAAGCGGUUCGCCAGAUCGGACGAAUUGGCGCGCCACACGAGGACCCACACCGGCGAGAAGAACUUCGCCUGUCCCGUGUGCAACAAGAAAUUCAUGAGGAGCGAUCACCUCAGCAAACACGCCAGGCGACAUCCGAAUUUCGAUCCAUCCAUACUGAGGCAGAGAAGGGCCCCCAACAGGGCGUUUUCGAUCAACAGCAGCGACGGUACCCCGUCGGAGGUACUGUCGGAUUCGAUGCCAAGUCCGUAACUCUCGAGCGUUCGUUUCAGCUCUGUUAAUUCCGUUGUUAGACGCAUUUAAUUAUCGAAUGGAGGAAUUACCUAAACGCCAAAUUAACGUUAACUGUAGGUUUAAGUGUUUGUAUAGAUGAUUCGUUUCGGUUUUUGUUUUUGUUUGUUUUUUUUUUU